AUGACCACACGCCUCACUAUGACCACACGCCUCAACAUGACCACACGCCUCACUAUGACCACAUGCCUCAACAUGACCACACGCCUCACUAUGACCACACGCCUCACUGUGACCACACGCCUCACUAUGACCACACGCCUCACUAUGACCACACGCCUCACUAUGACCACAUGCCUCAACAUGACCACACGCCUCACUAUGACCACACGCCUCAACAUGACCACACGCCUCACUAUGACCACACGCCUCAACAUGACCACACGUCUCACUACGACCACACGCCUCACUAUGACCACAUGCCUCAACAUGACCACACGCCUCACCACACGCCUCACUAUGACCACACGCCUCACCACACGCCUCACUAUGACCACACGCCUCACUAUGACCACACGCCUACGCCUCAACAUGACCACACGCCUUACUAUGACCACACGCCUCACCACGCGCCUCACUAUGACCACACGCCUCACUAUGACCACACGCCUCACCACACGCCUUACUAUGACCACCACGCCUCACUAUGGCCACACGCCUCACUAUGACCACACGCCUCACUAUGACCACACGCCUCAACAUGACCACACGCCUCACUAUGACCACACGCCUCACCACAUGCCUCACUAUGACCACACGCCUCAAUCACACGCCUCAACAUGA